AUGCCUUCAUUCACAAAGACACUUGGGGUGGUUGUUGCGGGACUUGCGGCUGUUGCUUCGGCCCUCCCAUCAAUUCCCAAGCUCAACAAGGCCCAGCUGAAGAUGUACCAACACGCGAAGCGUCAAAACGCUGCUGCUCAGGCUCUUGGUAUCAACGAUCUUGACAUUCUUCAAUUCGCCCUCACCCUCGAAUGGCUCGAAGCAGCCUUCUACCAGCAAGGCUUCGCCCGCUUCCCUGUCACCGACUUCCAAGCCCUCGGCCUUAACGAGCGCCAAAUCGAGGACCUGACCAAGAUCGGCAAGACCGAAGAGGAGCACGUCGUGCUUCUCCAAUCCGCCCUCGCCCAGGCCGGCGUCCAGCCCGUCCAGCCGUGCACAUACAACUUCGGCUUCACCGACGCCGCCGGCAUGGUCGCCACCGCCGCCGUCCUCGAGAACGUGGGUGUAUCCGCCUACCUCGGCGCCGCCGCCCUCAUCUCCGACGGCUCCAUCCUCACCACCGCCGGCUCCAUCCUCACCAUCGAGGCCCGCCACCAGACCUUUGUCCGCGCCGCCAGCGGGGUGGUUGCCGUCCCCCAGGCGUUCGACACCCCUCUCACGCCGAAGCAGGUCUUUUCGCUCGCUGCGCCUUUUAUCGAGAGCUGCCCUGAGGGGUCGAACUUGAUCUUGACUGCGUUCCCAUCCUUGGCCUUGGGCGCGGGGAUUGACGCGGCGACUGUUACUGCUGGUACUGUCAUCCGGUUGGAGAGCGAGGCUGCUGCCGGGGCUACGCACUGCGGCUUCACUACUGGUGGCAACCCCGGCGGUACCGUCUUCACUACCUUCACGCAGGAGGCCGGGUGCGAGGUGCCCCAGAACUUGGCCGGUGUCACCUAUGUCAGCUUGACCAGCGCGGGUCCUUUGACGGGUGUGAUUACCGAUGAGAUUACCGUUGCCGGGCCUAUGGUUAUGCAGGUGUCAUAA